GCACCCAGAGCGGAGAAGUGCUUCGGGGGAAAGAUUUUUAAACAAAAUCUUUCGGUUCCCUUUUUCCGGCGUAAAGUUUGAAAAUUUUGUUGUAAAUUAAUGUAAAUUAUUGUAAAUUAUACUCUUUUCUUAAUCAAUUUCCCUUCCUUUGAAGUUUCAUCACCAUUAAUGCGAAAUAUGCUUUCGGUUUACUGAACCAGUAAACCCCAGUUCUUCUUCGUCGAGAUCAGUGUUAAAUACAGGGUUAGGUUUCAAAUUUCCAUCCAGGAAGCCAAACAAGCAAUACCCAUCAUCUGUUUCUCAGAGUUUCGGCAUAGAAGUUAGUGGGUUUUUUCCUUGAAGUAAGGAUGAAGCGAACAAAAUUUGAGUCGGUGAUGCAGCCGAGUCGUCUAAGGCUGAUUCAGCUCUUGAUGGGUGUUUUGUUUCUGUAUCUUCUCUUCGUGAGCUUCGAAAUCCCUCUGGUGUUCAGAGCUGGGGUUGGCUCCCCGGGUCAGAAUGGGUUCUUCACCGACAUAUUGCCUCGGCCUCAGGCGCUGGAGAGCGAAGUCGACUUUACUGACCUAUCUGCCCCGGCUCGACCGGAGGAGGAAACGGCGCUGAAUGGGACGAUAAUGCCGGCGAGGCAAAUGCGUGAGUUCAAUCAACUGUCGGGUCUUCUCUUCAACGAGAGUUCGUUUGACGCGAAUGAUGCCAAAGACGAGUUCUCGGUGCUUCACAAAGCGGCGAGGCAUGCAUUUAGGGUGGGGAAGAAACGGUGGGACGAGCUCGUAUCGGGCAAAAUCAAAACGGAUACGACACAGAAACUGGAGAACGGAACUAGAAACCAAACGGAAUCUUGCCCGGAUUCCAUUUCUCUAUCUGGGUCGGAGUUCUUGAACAGGAGCCAGAUCUUGGAGUUACCUUGUGGCUUGACGCUGGGAUCGCACAUUACGAUUGUGGGUUUGCCCCAUUGGGCUCAUGCGGAGCACGAUCCAAAGAUAACGGUGUUGAAAGAGGGGGAUGACUCUAUAAUGGUGUCGCAAUUUAGGAUGGAGUUGCAAGGAUUGAGGACUGUAGAUGGUGAGGAUCCGCCGCGGAUUCUGCAUUUCAAUCCGAGGCUGAAGGGAGACUGGAGCGGGAAGCCAGUGAUCGAGCAGAAUACUUGUUACAGAAUGCAAUGGGGUACUGCAUUGAGGUGCGAGGGGUGGACGUCUAAAGCUGAUGAGGAAACAGUUGAUGGACAGGUUAAAUGUGAGAAAUGGAUUCGAGAUGAUGAAAAUCACUCAGAAGAAUUAAAGGCUACAUGGUGGUUGAACAGGCUGAUUGGAAGAAAGAAGAAAGUGACGUUAGACUGGUCAUAUCCUUUCUCAGAGGGAAAAUUGUUUGUUCUUACUUUAAGGGCUGGAUUAGAGGGUUACCAUGUCAACGUUGAUGGGCGCCAUGUUACCUCUUUUCCUUACCGAACUGGAUUUGUUCUUGAGGAUGCCACUGGACUAUCUAUAACUGGAGACAUUGAUGUGCACUCUGUAUUUGCUGCUUCCUUACCCACUUCACAUCCAAGUUUUGCUCCACAAAAGCAUCUCGAGAAGUUGAGCAAAUGGAAAGCACCAGUGCUUCCUGAUGGACAUGUAGAACUUUUCAUUGGAAUACUUUCUGCUGGUAAUCAUUUUGCCGAGCGGAUGGCUGUGAGAAAGUCUUGGAUGCAACAUGAGUUAAUAAAAUCUUCAAAAGUGGUAGCUAGGUUCUUUGUAGCACUGCAUGGAAGAAAUGAAGUAAAUGUAGAGCUGAAGAAGGAAGCUGAGUAUUUUGGUGAUAUUGUUAUAGUCCCUUACAUGGAUAACUAUGACCUUGUUGUACUGAAGACUGUUGCCAUCUGUGAAUAUGGGGUUCGCACUGUGGCUUCAAAGUAUGUUAUGAAGUGUGAUGAUGACACAUUUGUUAGGGUAGAUGCGGUUAUUGCAGAAGCAAGUAAAGUCCCUAGAGAUAAGAGCCUUUAUAUUGGAAACAUUAACUACUACCAUAAGCCCCUGCGGUAUGGUAAGUGGGCUGUGACAUAUGAGGAAUGGCCAGAAGAGGAUUAUCCACCAUAUGCAAAUGGUCCAGGUUACAUACUGUCAUCUGACAUUGCACAGUUUGUUGUAGCAGAGUUUGAGAAACACAAGUUGCGACUAUUCAAGAUGGAAGAUGUGAGCAUGGGAAUGUGGGUAGAACAGUUCAACAGUUCAAAAUCAGUUGAGUACACACACAGCUUGAAGUUCUGCCAAUUCGGAUGCAUAGAGGAUUAUUACACAGCUCACUACCAAUCUCCCAGACAUAUGUUGUGCAUGUGGGAUAAAUUGCAAUUGCAAGGAAAACCUCAGUGCUGCAACAUGAGAUGACCCUUAAGCAACGACAAAAGACGAUGUUUUCCAUGGUAAAUUUCAAAAGCAAAACCGAGGAACAAAUUUUGCAGUUAUAGUAUGUCUUUGUAUGUAUGGGGUUAAGUUAGACAUAUUAGGUCGCUGCUUCCCUUUCCAAAUUCAUUCUUUAGGCCAUUUUGUUUAACAUUCCCCAAUGUCAGAGAUAUAUAUACGGCUGCCAUUUACAUACAACUGCUUUGUAAUCCAUAGAGUGAAAAAUCCAAUCCAGAGCCAAUCAAAUUAAAAUUAAUUU